UAUUAAUAUAAACACCAGUUUUAAGAAAAAAAAAAAAUUUUUUUUUUUGUUUAAAAAAUAAAAUAAAAAAAUAAAAUGUUUUUUCAAAAAUUGACAUUGACUAUUUUUCCAUUACUUUUAGCGUCAAAAUCUAAUAUAGUAUUGGGUCAAAAUAGAAUUAUCGGUGGUACAGAAACUGAUAUCUCAAAGUUUCCAUUUUUGCUUGAAAUUAGCCUCCAUGGUAUUAAUCAUCAUCCAUUGUGUGGAGCGGCAAUAAUUAGUAAAUCAUGGGCAGUAUCAGCGUCUCAUUGUUUUAUGGAUAUUGGUGAAAAAUUAAAAAUUGAAAUGUAUCAAGUUGUCAGUGGUACAACAUACACUAAAGAAAUGAUAACACAAGAUAAAACACCGCCAAAAUUUUACAAUAUCACUGAAUAUCAUAUGCAUGAAAAAUUUGGUCUCGAUAAAAGUAAAGGAAAACUGGAUGGUUAUGAUAUUUCUGUUUUUAAAGUAACACCUGAAUUUGAAUUUAAUGAAUUAACAAAACCAGCAAAAUUACCGGGAAAAAAUCAAAUGGCCACGACAAAUAAAGCUAAAAUUGCUGGCUGGGGUUGUACAAAAAUUGGCGGAAGUACAAAUCCAAUAUUACUAUAUGCAACUUUAACGAAAGCAAGUAAAAGUAGUUGUAAAAAUUUGUACCCCGAUAUUAAACACAGAAAAAGUGUUUUAUGCUACGGUACGCCAAAGGAGCACAAGGGAAAUGUAUCAAAUAUUUGCCAGGGAGAUUCCGGUGGUCCAUUGGUUGCUGGCAAAAAUUUGGUAAUUGGUGUUGUAAGUAUGUCAAAAAAAGCAGGUGCAGAAUUUCCUGGACUAUUCACUAGCACUGCGUACUAUCGCGAUUGGAUCAAAGAGAAAACUGGUGUUUAAAAAUCAACCAAGCCGUCACACUCAAAAUAAAAAAAAAAAAAAUUGAUCCUCUGUUGUGAGCGUAGCUUAAUUAUUGUAAUCCCACAUUUCAGUAGUACCUGUUUUCUCCGCUUUGUCUAAAAAUAAAAUCUGAUUGUUGAAA